CGAAUCGAAACAUUGCUCUUGUUUUUUCGUUUUGAAAAUAUUUCAUCUAUUUCGCGAAAAGUGUAUAUUUUCCUUGCCCUACCAAUUAGCGGCAUUUCUCUUGAUCGCUUCAGAUGCAUCAUAUGCGAUAAUGCAAACGCGAUUCUUGCAAUUUGUCGAACGUCCAAUAAAAAAUUUGUGAUUUCGUUCGGUCGAUAUAUAGUGUGUAGUACAUUUCGCAACGUUUUUUUUUCGAUUUGAAAUUUUUUUCUUGUUAGUGAAUGUGUUUAAUUUAAGCAGCAAUAAAUUUUUGACACAAUUUUCAUUUUGCGAGAAUUCCAAUUUUGUGGUGUGAAAGCGCAAGAGAAUAAAAAAAAGAAAAAACCGACAGUUCAACACGUUUGCACGAUCAACAUCCAUUACAUUUGAUUACUGUGCUGGCCUUUUCAAAUAUAUACUCACAUCUUUUAUUCCAAAUUAAAUCUAAAUUUAACGUUGAAACGUGAAGUAAAACAUGAGCAAAACAAAAACAACUGCGUGUUGAAGAGAAAAAAAAGACAUAAAUUAAUUUAUCAAAGUGACAAAUUUUGAACACACGGCGUGUGAGUGAGUUUUAAAAUAGAACAGUGUUGAGUGUGAAAUCAAUAACUUUGAGAAUUUGAUUUGUUUAAAAAAAAAACACAAAUGAAAAUGUUAGCGAUGCGUCGUGAAAACGAUCAAAUCUUUGGCAGUACAAACACCAACGCCAUAAAUAAUAGCACAAUUAGUGAUACGAAUGAUGCAGUCGCUGAUAAUUGUUGCAACACCUAUCAAGAAGACUCCAGAUUGAAUAAUGUGGCCAAUCCAUCUGGGCUCGAAGAAUAUGUGGAUAUAUUGCAAGUGCAGCAAUUAUUAUUGGAUUCGACACCGUCCACAAUGCCGAUUUCCACAGCAAUUACAUCAAGUUCAUGUGUCUCAUCAAAUACGACAACCAAUUCGAUGUGCACACAACGACAACGGCCACGUGUCAAUAUUCAAAAAGCAACCGAAUAUUCAACAACAAUGGCCAACACGGGCUGCGCAUUAACGCCGUCUGCUCAACUUCAAGGUGAUUCACCAACAAGGCGACUGCUAUUGGACUAUCCCAGUCCAUAUUUAUAUGGAAAUUAUCACACAUCACCGAGCGAAGAUCUUGUUGCACUUUGGUUCGGAACAAAUAGCUCAGGCAGCUCAGCUCCUGGACAACCCACUACGACCAUGAUCAUGGAAGGACUUGAAACACUUGUUGCGCCAUCGCAUCACGCAUUUCUUCUAACGGAGUCCGCAGCUGCGGCACAUUUUAAUGUUUUAAGCUUUGAUACCUGUCUUUUGAAAUCGGCAGCAACAACUGCGACAUCUUAUGUGAACAAUAAUAAUAACAAUAAUAACCACAACAACAACAACAAUAAUCUAUUUACAAUCAACAACAACAACAACACAAGCACAUCGCCAGGCAUCAAUUGCAACUCCAGCAGCGCGAACUGUAUGAGCACAAACAACAGCACAACUGAUCACGAAAGCAAUAAUCCAUCAUCGCAUCACCCGAAUCAUAUCGAAAGAAAUUCCAAUACGGCGCACCAUCAAUCAAUUUCCGACGCACAAACCGGAGAUUUGAAUACGCCGGUUACAACGUCUAGUGAUAUACCGUCAUUCUUUGGACCAAACACCAUUGAACCACCACCGAUAACAGGUUCAAUUGAUUCAGACGAUUUAUCGUUGGAACCGCAAACAACAUCAAGCCCGCCGCACAGCAUCUGCAGCCCAUUGAAAGAAGAACGUUGCAGUCCAUCGUCGAUAAUAAAAGAAGAGACAAGUAACACGAGCAGUGUUAAUAUGUAUCCACAUCACGGUCAUCAACAGAACAUUCAAAAUGAACAGAGCCUGCAAUCGCCACAAAUGCAAAAGCAAACACACCAUCAGCAAUCACAAAACGAUCAAAGCAUCGAUAUAAUUUCGUAUCGUGGCGUUUUCACAACAACAGCCAGCCCAACAAUUGGUCUUGGCACACAAAUGAGCUCACCGCAAAUGUCCAUUUUGCCUGGACAAAUGUCACCGCCUUCAUCGAUGACUGGAUGGAAUUUACCCAGCCCCGAUAAGACAUUAUUCCAACCACCAUUGUUCAGUUUGCUUGGGCCAGCUCCACAAAGUACUAGUCAAGCACACUAUGUUCCACAAAAUUCAACAACAACACAAUCACCGUCACCGGUAAGCCAACAUCAUUCGCACUACGACGAACGUUCGCAUCAAGUCGAAUUGAUCGGCCUAAAUAUGGACUGUUCAAAUCUUAUUCUCAACAAACCGCCAAAUUAUGGUGCCACCAUUCCAACAUCAAUGUCACUUGAUAUGCAUCAAAACAACGAUAUGAAUCAAUAUCAACGGGCACCCAUGAAAUAUCAGUGGCUCGAUUCACCGAUCGAUUAUAAUUCACAACAAUCAUUGCAUGUUUCGCUACCAUCGUCAUCCGCUUCGGGCGGUUUGAUUCCAAAACAAGAACAAUUCACUGGUUCGAUGAGCUGCUCGAGUGACAGUCAUUCGCAACAAAUGCAACAACAAACCGUGCAUGUACAACAAUCUCAAUCGAUGCAACAGCAGCAACAGCAACAACAACAACAGCAUGGAAUGCAAUCAUCUUCGUAUAAUGUACAAUUGGCCGAAUACAAUCCAUCGACAAGCAAAGGCCAUGAAAUUUUAUCACAAGUUUACCAACAAGGCACGUUACCAUUGAAAUUGGUGCCCGUAAAACCGCGUAAGUAUCCAAAUCGUCCAAGUAAAACACCUGUACACGAACGACCAUAUGCAUGCCCGGUAGAAAAUUGCGAUCGACGAUUUUCACGUUCCGAUGAGCUAACGCGUCAUAUUCGUAUUCAUACCGGUCAAAAACCAUUCCAAUGUCGAAUUUGUAUGCGAUCAUUUUCACGUUCCGAUCAUUUGACAACACACAUUCGUACACAUACCGGCGAAAAACCAUUUAGCUGCGAUAUUUGUGGCCGAAAAUUUGCACGUUCCGAUGAAAAGAAACGACACGCCAAAGUACAUUUAAAGCAACGCAUCAAGAAAGAAAGCAAAAUGUCGAGCCAGAGUUUGAUGCAGCAGCAGCAGCAACAACAACAACAGCAGCAGCAGCAGCAGCAGCAGCAACAACAACAGCAACAACAGCAACACCAGCAGCAUCAUAUGAAUAUGAUGCAUUCACCGGAUCAAACAAUGAUUUCAAUAUCAACACCAAAUUCCACAUUGUAGACCGAGGAAAUGUCGACACAGUCGACAUCAUCAAAUCAACCACAACCUACAUUCGUUAUUUCAUCGACGGUUGCAAGUACGAUGGAUACAGCAAUGCUGUCACAAAAUUCGGUUCUCCUUGACGUUGGAAAACCUUCCACAGCCGCCAUAAAUGAGAUUGAAGACAUGAAUAUUACCGAUUAUCAACAACCAUCACCACCAUCUGGCACUCAUUUCGAUGACGAUGACACAACGGCUGAUGAUGACGAUGACAAUAGCAACAGCACCACCGCCAAUGGAGAUGCAAAGAAACAAGUAAUUUUCCUAUUAUUUUUAAAGUAGACAAACACAUAAAUCACAACUUCUCAAAAGCGAUAAUCAUAAUAACUAACUAAUUUCGUAACCAUUAUGAAUGUUACAUCUUUCUAUCAGAGAACAAAAAACAAUGUUAAAUAAAUAUGAAGCUCAGUUUCUUGUACUGAAUACUCAAUAGGGUGCAUUGUUUUCAUAAAAUUACCAUGGGUACCCCCAAAAUCUAUGUUUAGCGAUCCCUCAUUUGAAAGGUCAAAUUGGAUUUUUUAAAAUUUGACUUUUGUGAAAAGUACCGAAAGGUCAAAUGAAAGAUCGCUAAAACACACUAUUUGGGGAAAAAAAUCAUUACAGGAGUUCUCCAUAGACAACCUCCCGACAUAGAAUCUUUAAACAAAAAUUAUGCACCCUAAUACUCAUAACAAAAAAAAAAUGAAGAAAAAAAGCUACAACAAAAUCGAUCAAAAAAUAAACAUCAACAAAGCAUGAAAAUGUCACAUGAUACGCCAGUGCCAAACAAUUUUUAAUCUUUCUGUAUCUUUGUAUCAAGUUAUUAUCGAUGUUAAAAUGUUCCAAUUGUGAAAAAAAGAAGAAUAAAAAACACAUUUCCGAAUGAGAAUUUUUCGCUCUCACGAAUAAGCUCCAUGAAAUGGCGUGCAAUUUAUUUGUCUUUUGGAAGUUGACUGUUGUAAAAAUUUAAUAUAACAUAAAGCUGAAAUUGUUCAUUUAUUUUCCGAAGAAAAGAUGGUUAAAAAAAAGUUUGAAUGUCAUGCAUCAUCUGCUAUUUAACCGUAAAUGUUGAACUGUUCAAAUGAAUACUUUACUUAAACAUUUUUUUAGCUAGGAGUUAAAUUCCCUAAUUAUAAUUGUUCGAUCUUUUUUCCGUUUCGUUGCUGACGUUAGCAACUUAAAAUAACUAUAUACUUUUUUGUUGUAUUUGUUCUAAUGACAGCGAAAAGAGAGAGAGAAAGAGAGAGAGAAAAACGAACCACGAGAAAAAGACAGGUAGAUCAACUCGUUUGCGGUUAAUGACAAUUUCAAUUAGUAUUUUCAGUAUGAAAGAAACAAGCAAGUACAUAAAAAUGAUACUUAUAUUAUAUACAAAAGCCGUCGUCGUUGUGAAUCUAUUCGCCAAAUGUCAUUAGAAUGAAACAAUCUAAAAAUCAUCAAUUAUCUCGAAAUUGAUGCAAAAAUUCUGUGAUCUCAGUUUAUUAUUAUAUUACUGCUAAAUGGCAUAUAAUUAUGUUCUAUUAAUUAUAUAAAGAAUCAUAUAUUUAUUAUCUGAGCAAGAUAGAGUGAAAGAGAGAAAAAGAAACCAUUUUGAAAACUUUUCCAGUGUUUUUUCUGUAGAAAAAUUGAAACAUUUGAUUGCAAUCGCUUUGUUGUGUCAGUUCAUUCAUUUUAUAUUUUCUUUCUCAAUAAUUUUAUGUAGUAGUGAUCCUCACCAUUUUUUAACUUAUUUUUGUCACAUGUAGAAAGUUAUUUGAUAAGCAAGUGAGCGCCAAGCUAAUUGAAUUUUGAUAAAACACCCAAAUUCAUACAUUUAUUGACUACACCACUUCGAGAACGGUUAAUUUUCGAUUUUGAUCUUAAUUAAAUGCUGUUUCAAAUAAGUGAACAAAUAAUUUUUUUUUUUUUUUCACAAUCACGCGCAACUAAUUUGGUAUUGUUUUUGGUACAGAAAUUGAAUAAGUCGACUUCAGAUGUCGAAUUUAUGACCCCAAACACUACUCCUCCCUCCCAAAUUAAUCAUUAUUACUUAUCAAGAUUUUAGUUCGUAUUUUCGCCAUUCAAUUUAGAAUUUUGUUUAAGGUGUUUUUGUUCUGGUUCCAAUUACAAAAAAAAAAAAACAAACACACAUACCAUGACGUGAAUAACUGAUGCCAUUUUAACAUUAAGUGCUAAGUACGAUGGUUAAGAUUGUAACAAAUUAACUGAUCAUACAACAAUUAAAUAUCAAAUCGGUCAUUGGCCGUGGAUCAAAUCCAAAAAUGGAAAAUCAAUUCAAUUACUCUUUUACUUCGUAAACUAAUAUAUUCGUAGGAUGUAGAGAGACCAGUUUCCUAAAAUGUGAGUUGUGCGCGAGUUUUUCUUUUGAAACAAAAAAAGCAGGCUGUUGAUCAUAACAAGUGCGAUUGCAAUGUUAAUGUGUAGCAUAUCGUUGUGAGCACGGCAUUUGAUGCCAUUGAUUUAUCGAUCUCAUAGACACACAGGCAUAAAUGAUGAUGAAUACAGUGCAGUUUUCAACGAAGCGUAAAAUGAUUUUUAUGAAACGAAAAUAAACAAGAAAACACAUAACAAUGAACAUAACAUGAAAACGGUUCAAUGAAAAUAAAAAAAAAACAAACAAAUAUGAUUAAAAUUCAAAUUCGAGCGUUUGACUUGUUCGUUUAGCAUUUAACCAAAAUUAAUGCAUUUGUUGACAUAAUUAAAUUCAACGGUUUUUUCAUCAUCAUCAUCAUGAUCGUUUUACCUGUCAAAAUCUGUUUCAUUUUCGUCUUUUCCCCCCUUGUUUAUUGUCAAUACAUGUUCGCUUUAUUCUCGAUGUGUACGCGUGCGUGCUCGCGCCGUUCAGUCGAAUAACAAUGACACCAUAAAAAGUCAUACUUAACCAUAUAAAAUUGAAUUAUAUUCACCAUCAAGAAAUUUGAACAAUAAAAUAAAAUCAAAGGCAUUCUCCUUAAAUACAUUCAUCGUUCGCUGAGGCCCACCUCUAUUGAAUUAAAUAAUAAAUAUCCAUAAUAAUGCAUAAUAAUAGAAAACCAUUUAUGAGCACACACAUUUACAUAAAUUGUUGAAAAGAAUAUCUACAGGUAUGUUUUGAGGAGAGAGAAGAAAAAAACAGCAACACAAAUAAUAGACAGCAAAAAUUGAAAUCAAACAAUGUGAAUAAACGAGGAAGAGAAUUUACCUUGUUUUUUUAUAAGAAAAAAAAAUCAUUAAAUUUAUGCACAUGCCAUGGACUAUUUCUCUUAAGGUUGGGUCAAAACAUUUUCACAUCUUUUCAAUACAAUAAAUGAAACGAAUCUUGUGGCAAAAACAAAAAUUACGCAUACCAUUUUCUAGCUUUAGUUUUAAAAAAAAUCAUUUUAUAUUCGAUGAGAGCAAAACGUGGAAAUCUUCAUUGAUACAAAAUGAAAAUUGAAGCGCAUAGCCAUUGUCAUCCACAUAAAAUUGAAUGAAAAACAAACUAAAUACAUUUUUGACUGGUUUGAGCAGUGGUUGUUGUAGUUUACACAAAAGUGAAUUACUUUCUUCGUUCUGAAGAGAUAACUAUUAUAUUGUACGCAGGUGUUUCGAAUGGCCUUAAAAAUGAAUUAAAAACAAAUAUUUAAAACAAAGACGUUGAUUUAAACAACUAAAAAAAAUGUUGCAUUUUAUACAUACAAACAGAUUUAAUGAACUAAAAUGCGAUGUGAAGAAUGAACGAAUAUUUAAAAAUUCACAGUGAAAUGAAAUCAAUAAUACGUAAAAACACAUAUACAAAGAAACAAGUGCUAAUAUUUUCUGUAGAUUGCAUUUAAUGCAGGAAUGAAACAAAUAAACAAGUGAAAUUAGCUGAGAAUGAAAAAAAUACGCUACUAGUUUAAAGCUAAAACUCUUAUAAUACAUAAUUUAUUUUUUCGACACUAUUUUUUAAACAUUUGCACGGAACACACCGUUUCGAAUGGCCAAAUGUAGAAAGUAAUGGAUAUUUUCAUUUUGCGUUACUUGACGCAUAUGAAACGAAUAUAUUUUAAUUUUUCCUCUUUUUUUUCUUCAAAAAAAACCCUACAAAAUAAUGUCGAAAAAAGGAUAUUGUUAAUAGUUCAUUUUCAAUGAGGCAACCAUGGGAGUCUAGCUUUUGUGACUCCCGCUAAGUAGCUACUCAAUCGGCCUACAUUACAAAAAAAAAAACAA